AUGCAGAUUCUCAUCACAGGUGCCGCCGGGUUCAUCGGCCAAUUGCUCGCCAAGGAGUUGCUCGACGAUCCCUCGCACCAUGUCAUCUUGACCGAUAUCAACGAGCCCCCCGUGCCAAAGGGCGUCAAGAACCCCCAGAAUGCCAGAACCAUCAAGGCCGAUCUUCUCGCCGGCGCCGAGAAGGUGGUCAACAAGUCGCUGGACGCCGUCUUCGCCUUCCACGGCAUCAUGUCCUCGGGCUCCGAAGCCAACUUCGACCUAGGCAUGAGCGUCAACGUCGACGCCACCCGCACCCUCCUCGAGGCCCUGCGUAGAACCUGCCCCGGCGUCCGCUUCAUCUAUUCCUCCAGCCAGGCCGUCUACGGCCGCCCGCUCCCCGACGUCGUCGACGACUCCGUCAUCCCCACCCCGCAGGGCUCCUACGGCGCAGAGAAGCUCAUCUGCGAAACCCUCGUCAACGAGUACACCCGCCGCGGCUUCAUCACCGGCUUCACCCUCCGCUUCCCCACCAUCUCCGUGCGCCCGGGCCUACCCACCGCCGCCGCCUCGUCCUUCCUCUCCGGCAUGAUCCGCGAGCCGCUCGCCGGCCAGGAGUGCGUCAUCCCCGUCGAGAACCGCUCGUUCAAGUCCUGGCUGUGCUCGCCCGGCACGCUCGUCCAGAACCUUCUCCUCACCCUCACGCUCGCCGCUGACGCUGUGCCGCCUCACAUCCGCUCGAUCAAUGUGCCCGGCAUCUGUGUCACCGUCCAGGAGAUGAUGGAUGCGUUGGAGAAGGUCGGCGGCAAGGACAAGCUGGCGCUGCUGACGGAGAAGGAAGACCCCACGCUCCGCCCAAUCCUGGACUCGUGGCCGACGCGCUUCGAUAAUUCGCAGGCCAUUGCCUUGGGCUUCAAGCGCGACUCGUCCUUCGAGCAGGCCGUGAGGGAGUACUAUGAGCAGGAGGUGGCGAAGCAGUGA